AACCCGGGGCUCAUAAAACCGGGCAGUUAAAGCAGCAGGUGCUACCAUUGCUGUCUGUGCUGGGCCGGCACCAUGGACUAUGCGUCCUUCCUGAAGAGGACUCGAGUGCUGUUCUGCAUCCAGAACCAGCUGGCACGAGAGUGCCUGGCCGAGCUGCUGGCCGUCUUCGUGCUCAUUCCCCGGGGCAGCCAAAGGUUGAGCUCCACAGCCUUGGCACUGGAACAGAGUCAAACCAGCAGCGGUGAACGUUGGCCACCGGUGCCCCCCAGCCCCAAGGUUCCCCUGCGGCAGCCUAUGACUCAAUCGCUGAUAACUUCUUUUAUUCACCACUGACUACGUGAACAACGGCACUGCCUCCCUGCUGCCCCGUGCCUCACGGAGAGCCGGAACCGGGCAGCGGGUGUGGGCAGAAGCACAGAGACAGCACGGGAAGAGGCACCAAAGCAGCCCUCGGCUCCGUGCUGCCCUGCGCCCAUCUCACAAUGGGACACGGCCAUGGGGAGAGGGUGCUGCGUGGGGGCAGAGCGCGGGGCUGGGCGCAGCCGUGUCCCUGUCCUGCAGCUGAUCACGCUGGGUGGCGCGGCACAGAUGGUCACCAGCUCCGGGACCAAAGGGAACGUCAUCACCUCGUCGCUGGCGGGCGCGCUGGCCGUCAUGGUGGCCAUCUACACGGCGGGGGGGGUCUCCGGGGCCCACCUGAACCCGGCUUUCUCCCUCGCCAUGUCCCUGCUGGGGCAGCUCCCGUGGUGGAAGUUCCCCAUCUUCGUGGCCGUGCAGAUCUUCGGGUCCUUCAUCGCCGCCGCAGCCGUCUAUGCUCUGUAUUACGACGCCAUCUGGUCCUACAGCAACGGGACCCUCACCGCCUCCGGGCCACGGGAGACGGCGUCCAUCUUCGCCACCUACCCCGCUGAGCACCUCUCCCUCCCCAACGGCUUCCUGGACCAGGUGCUGGGCACGGCGGUGCUGAUCACGGGCAUCCUGGCCAUCACCGACACCCGCAACCAUGCCGUGCCGCGAGGCCUGGAGCCGGUGGCCGUGGCGCUGCUGGUGCUCGCCAUCGAGGUGUCCAUGGGCUCCAACUGCGGCUGCCCCAUGAACCCCGCGCGGGACCUCGGCCCGCGGCUCUUCACGCUGCUGGCAGGAUGGGGCACCGAGGUGUUCAGCAGGGGCAGCGCGUGGUGGUGGGUGCCGGUGGUGGCCCCGCUGGUGGGGGCCGCGCUGGGCACGGGGCUCUAUCAGCUCUUCGUGGCCUUCCACCACCCCGAGGAGGAGGAGGAGGAGGACGGCGGCCGAGCACGCAGGCAGACCAAGCACUGACGGCCCCGCGGAGGCCGCGCCGGGGAUGACCCCAUUAAAGAGCCGAGCCGCG